AAUUACAAACACUGCGCUCAUCGUGGUCCAGAAUAUUUAUUUCCAUCUAGGAUUUAAUUAAAUUACAGUUUCUUACUUAAUAAAUUUAAAAAACAAUGCAUUUUUUACUUGUAAAAUUGAAAUACAGCAUAUUUGUGUUUUUAAUUGCAGGAAUAAUAUUAUUUAUAUCUUUGCAAGCACAAGCUUUUGCCGAGAUGCGCAAAUUGAAAUUCUGUUUAGUGAAUGAGGAAAGUAAUAAAAAGCUCAUUUCCACAACGUGUCCGAAUCUAGUCAAAUUAGAAAGCAAUCUGGAAUGUAUAAUCUCCACUGAUAGGUAAAAAUUUCUAAGGGGUAUGUCUAAUUUGAUUUUUAUCCAAAGAAUAUCAUGCCUGAAGCUUCUAAUAAAUAAUCAAGCAGAUUUUAUGACUGUGGAACCAGAAGAUCUUAGAAUUAUUGGAAUGACUGAUGAUUAUAAUGAUAAAAUUCUUGUAACACACGAAUUACGUGUUUGGAUAAAUGAAAGUUCCAAUUAUCAAAUGGUCACUGUAAUUCGUAAAACUGUGCAUGAUGUAUGGCACAUUGCGAAAAAACGUUUUUGCACUUCUGGACUUGAAUCAAGUCUUUUUGCGCUUGAUUAUCUAAAAUAUUUUGAAAAUCAGCUUGUCAUUCCUCGUUGCAAUUCCUCGAAAAGUUUAUUAGAAAACAGAUUGACAGCUCUAUCUGAAUUUUUCGAGUCGGCCUGCAUCAGUGGUCGAUGGACAAGUGAUCAGCAAUAUGACAAUCAAUUAAAGAGGAAAUAUAGUAAUUUGUCCUCUCAAUGUGGAAGUUUUUUUCAAUAUUAUGGAGAUGAAGGUGUUUUAAUGUGUCUAACUGAUGGCGGUGGAGAAAUUGCCUGGUCAAGAUUAGAUUACGUUCAUCGACACUUUAAAGAAUUUCGCGACGAUGCAAAUGAAUAUUAUUUUCUGUGCCUGGAUGGUUCGUUAAAAAAUUUAACAGAUCCUAAUCCUUGCGUUUGGUUCGAAGUUCCUUGGAGAACAUUAAUCGCCAGGGACGACAUUGCUGAAGAAGUAAAAAAUUUAAUCGAAUAUCAAUUAAAUGGAGUCGAUGAUUCUCUGUCCGUUCUUCAAGAAGAUAUUCGAAGGGAGCCAAUAAUGGCUAAUUCUUCAAAAACACCAAAAGAAUAUUUGAAAAAAUUAUUUCCCGAGUUUUAUGCCAUUAAAGAUUAUGUGCAAUGUAGAAAUAAUAGACUCGUAAAAUGGUGUGUGGUUACAAAUUUAGAGAUAGAAAAAUGUGAAUGGAUUUCAAAAAUUGGAAAAAAUUAUGGCAUUGAACCUUUCAUUAAAUGUGUUCAUAAAAUUAAUCGUGAAAAUUGUAUCAAGUCAGUUAUUGAUAAACAAUUUGAUAUUUUUUCUGUAAAACCACACGAGGAACAAGAAGCAAGAGAAAAGGGUCUAAAACCAAUCGUUCAUAUGAUUUCCAGUGAAGAAAAAUAUGAAAACAAAAUUGUCUCACUUGUAAAGACAUUCUCGAAUUUUCACUCACUGCGAGAUUUGAAAAAUCAUAAAGCAUGUUUUAUAAAUUUCAGAGACGUUGGAUGGAACACUUUUAUUUUUAUGAUGAAAAAUUUGACUGGCGACAAUAAUUGGUACUGUAGGGACAAGGAAAUGGUUUCAGAAUAUUUUCAUGAAGUCAGCAUUUCUGAUUUAAAUAUAAAAAAUAAUAAUAGUAGUUUUCCAAAAAAUUUUGUUUCUUACAUUUCAUACAAAAAUACAGACAAAGCAGCAUUGAAUUGUUUAAAUUUUGAGAAUGGUGAUGUGGCUUUUGUUAAUCUAAGUUCAGUUCUGUAUUAUUUUCCAGGCUCUUUAGAAAAUAUCUACAGACCACUUUGCGAUAAUGAAAUAAAUUCUGACUCUGGAAAAGUAGAAAAAUGCUAUUUGAGUUGGAGAUCUGAAGGAUCAAUGAUGGUUCAUGGAGAAAUUUCAAAGACCAAGGAAAGUAAAAUUUAUCGAAUGCUUGUGGAUCUUGAUAAGUUAUUAAAAGGAAACGUGGGAAAUUUAUCUCCUCUAUUGUCUUUAUAUGGUCCAUUUUACGGACAGAAGAACGUAAUUUUUUCUGAACGUACUCAGUACUUGGUAAAGGAAGUUGGAUCAUUUCAGAGAAUUUUUAGUUACCAAGAGAUAUUGGAGGAUUUAGUGACACAAAAACAGCAGUGCAACAGGGCAAAUACUCUGAAACAGAAAAGUUAUUUGAUAAUUUUUGCAUGUAUUAUUUAUUCUUUUCAUCAACUUUGAUCGGAAAAUAAUUUCUCUACUGAGCCAGGAAUCUAAGCUUUCUUAAAAAUUAAAACUUGCAGAGUAAUUUUAAAAUCAUUUCUCAAUAAUUAUAAAAUAUCCUAUUCCUAUAUACUCUUCGUUAAGAAAUUGAAAAAAAGUGAAUUGCGUUAAUAAAGUAAAAAAAAAGUUUCAUUUCAAAACUACAGUGGAACCUCGAUUAUCCGUACUGUAAAUCAUUUUAUCAAAACUUUUUCGUUAUCUUAAACACAAAAUUAUAAUUUUUUACAUUUAGUUAUUGACUAUUACUAUCAACGAAAAUAUUUGCAAAACCUUGUCCAUCAGUUCAGAUAAUUGAGGCUUCACUGUAAUUGCAAUAAAGCAUAAAUUUUUUGCAUAAAUUAAAAAAUGCGUGAAAUUAUUUUUUUCACGAAUUUUAAAAGAGAAAGAAUAACCAGUUCUCAUGGCUGGGAACCCGAAUUCACACUCAUACAAGCGAAAUUCCCUUCCACCGCAACACUUGCCUUUCAAUUUUCAGUAUGAUCCUCGCAUGCAUUUGAUACGCUUCUCUCGGUUAUAAUAUUAUUCAGGAUAUAUACAGGAUCAUUUUGGCAACGAAAAGAAUUCAUAAUAAAUGCGUGAGAAAAUUUGAAUCAUUUUUUUAAUUAAGAAAAUAUAAUGAUUCUUAAAUAUUCUCUAUUUUUAACAUUAGAAUUAAUAUUAUUUGUUCAUUUUUACACACCUGUUUUUACAAAGAAGCAAAAUAAACGUAAGUCCUCGAAUAUAGA